AUGAAGAUUUUCAAGUCUCUUCAAAUUAUUCUGCUGCUCAUAUUCUGCAGCAGACAAACCACAGCACAAACCAAAAACACAUACAUAAUUCACAUGGACAAAUCCACCAUGCCAGAAACAUUCACUGAUCACCUUAACUGGUUUGACACAUCGCUUAAAUCAGUAUCAGAAACAGCAGAGAUUCUCUACACCUACAAACACAUAGCUCAUGGAUUCUCCACAAGACUUACUCAUCAAGAAGCUGAAACACUUUCAAACCAACCAGGAAUUCUCUCUGUUAUCCCUGAACUCAGAUAUGAACUUCACACAACAAGAACACCACAGUUCCUUGGUUUGCCACAAACCAACACUCUUCUACCUCAGUCUAAACAACAGAGCCAGGUGAUUAUCGGUAUUCUUGACACUGGUAUAUGGCCAGAGAUAAAAAGCUUAGAUGACACAGGACUUGGUCCAAUCCCAAGCAGCUGGAAAGGCGCAUGUGAAACCGGUAACAACAUGAAUUCAUCAAACUGCAACAAAAAACUAAUUGGCGCCAGGUUUUUUGCAAAAGGGUAUGAAGCAGCACUUGGUCCAAUAGAUGAAACAACAGAAUCAAGAUCCCCUAGAGAUGAUGAUGGACAUGGAACUCACACGUUAACAACAGCCGCAGGUUCUGUUGUAGCAGAAGCUAGCUUAUUUGGUUUAGCUUCUGGUACAGCAAGAGGCAUGGCUACGCAAGCGCGUGUAGCAGCUUAUAAAGUAUGUUGGACUGGUGGUUGUUUCACGUCCGACAUAGCUGCUGGAAUGGAUAAAGCUAUUGAAGACGGCGUGAACAUCUUAUCAAUGUCCAUAGGUGGCAGCUUAACGGAAUAUUACAGAGACAUCAUCGCAAUUGGUACUUUCACAGCAAUGUCUCAUGGAAUUCUAGUCUCAUCAUCAGCUGGAAACGGUGGACCAAGUGCCGAAAGCUUAUCAAACGUUGCACCAUGGAUAACAACAGUCGGAGCCGGAACAAUCGACCGUGAUUUCCCUUGUUACAUAACACUUGAAAACGGAAAAAACUACACAGGCGCGUCACUUUACAACGGAAAACCUUUACCAGACUCAUUGCUACCACUGGUUUAUGCGGGAAAUGUGAGCAAUUCCGCAGUUGGGUAUCUUUGUAUACCUGAUUCAUUAACAAAAUCAAAAGUUUUCGGCAAAAUCGUGAUAUGCGAAAGAGGUGGCAACUCAAGAGCUGAAAAGGGUCUGGUAGUAAAAAAUGCCGGGGGAAUAGGAAUGAUUCUGGCUAACAAUGAAGAGUAUGGUGAAGAAUUAAUAGCUGAUUCUCAUCUUCUACCAGCAGCAUCGUUGGGUCUAAAAUCAAGCAAUAUCCUAAAAAACUACGUUUUCACCACUAAAAAUCCUAAAGCUAAACUAGUAUUCGGUGGCACACACUUACAAGUUCAACCUUCACCAGUGGUAGCAGCAUUCAGUUCAAGAGGACCAAACUCUUUAACACCGAAGAUUCACAAACCCGAUUUAAUAGCUCCGGGUGUAAACAUCUUAGCAGGUUGGACCGGUUCAAUUGGUCCAACCGGUCUAACCACAGACAAAAGGCACGUGAGUUUCAACAUUAUAUCAGGAACUUCAAUGUCAUGCCCUCACGUGAGUGGUUUAGCUGCUAUAGUUAAAGGAGCUUACCCUGAAUGGAGCCCUGCUUCUAUACGGUCAGCGUUAAUGACCACAGCAUACACCUCUUACAAAAACGGUGAAACAAUCGAAGACGUUGCAACCGGGAAACCCGCUACUCCGUUCGAUUUCGGGUCUGGACACGUGGACCCUGUUUCCGCCCUUGAUCCUGGACUUGUUUACGACAUCAACGUCGAUGAUUAUCUUGGAUUUUUCUGUGCCUUGAACUACACGUCGUCACAGAUCAAAAUCGCGGCGAGGAGAGAUUUUGUUUGUGAUAGAAAGAAAAAUUAUAGGGUUGAGGAUUUCAACUAUCCUUCUUUUGCGGUUGCUUUGGAAACAGCUUCGGGAAUUGGCGGUGGUUCGGAUAAGCCGGUGACGGUGGAAUACAGUAGGGUUCUUACGAAUGUUGGUGCUCCGGGGGUUUAUAAAGCGUCUGUGGUGCUUUCGGCGGUGGAUUCUUCAUCGGUGAAGGUUGUGGUGGUGCCGGAGACGAUUAGGUUUGGGGUGAAUGAGAAAAAGGGUUAUACGGUGCGUUUCACGUGCGGUUCGAUGCCUUCUGGAACCAAGAGUUUUGGUUAUUUGGUGUGGAGUGAUGGGAAGCAUAAGGUUUCGAGUCCCAUUGUGUUUAGUUGGACUUGA